AUGGCAGGGCGAGGGAACUGCUGGUCGCUGCGAGUGCGCAACGGCCGCUGCACCGACCUGCUGAGUCAGAAAGUGUCCAAGGAGGAGUGCUGCACGUCGUCGAGUGUGGCGACCGCCUGGAGCGAGGAGGACCUGGACGCCGGCACGCUCUUCUUCUGGAGGGUCCUCGGAGGGGGUGUGCCUUGCACCGCCUGCAAGGAGUCGUGCGCGGGCGUGCAGUGCGGCGAGGGCCGGCGCUGCGUGCUGCGGCGGGGCGCGCCGCGCUGCGUGUGCGCCGCCGACUGCAAGGCGCGCGCGCGCCUGCGGGGCCCGGUCUGCGGCACCGACGGCCGCUCCUACACCUCCGUGUGCCGCCUGCGCCGGCGCGCCUGCCGCCGUAAGGUGCCCGCGCUCGCCGUCGACUACCCCGGCAAGUGUCAGAGCUCGUGCGAGCGCGUACAGUGCGGCGCCGGCCGGCACUGCCUGCUCGACCAGAACCUGCGGCCGCACUGCGUGCGAUGCGCGCAGCGCUGCCCCAGCGCGGCCGCCGCCGCCGCCUCGGCGCAGCCCGCCAGCCGGCAGGUGUGCGGCGCCGACGGCGUCACCUACCCCAGCGCCUGCCACCUGCGCGAGGCCGCCUGCCUCAAGGGCCGCGCCAUCCCUGAGGCCUACAAGGGCCGCUGCAAGCGAAGCCACGGGCCGACGGUCGAAGCAGACGAGAAUCGAACGAGGCACAUCUCAGAGGGCGCUAGCUGCAGCAGCGUGCGCUGCGGGGACCGGCAGACGUGCCUCACGGAGCCGGACACUGGCGCCCCCCGCUGUGUGACGUGCAGCUACCGCUGCCCCCGAGCGCGCUCCCGCCCCCGCCCCCGAGGUUCCGGUCGGGCAGGCGCGGGGGCGGCGGCGGCGGCGGGCGCGGGAGGCGGCCACCGCAGGGCUCACGGACACGCCGACGCCGCGCCCUUCGGCCCCAUCUGUGGCACCAACAACCACACGUACGAGACCUGGUGCCACAUGCUCAAGGACGCCUGCGCCACGGGCUUCGUCAUUGAGACCCAGUUCGCAGGGCACUGCAAGGCAGCCAACGGAGCUGCUGUUGCCAACACUGUACUAGAUAGCGACACCACAGCAAACAGGUACUUAUGAGGACGAUGACUUCAUUGUAGAAAGUUUAGGCUCAUGCAGCCUGCUGCCUGUGAUGUGAAAUUUAGCCCAUUAUUAUAGACUGUAGGUCACUCUUCACUUCAGAUUCAACACCCCAUUCUGUUCAGUUUUAUAGAUAUUUGCAGUCAUCUGUGUCUCCCAUUAACAGUUCAUGGGAAUAAUGUAUUUAUGGUGUUUGAACUAAAAUUAUCACACAGUACAGGAGUAUUGUAAAUGUAUUUAUAGAAUGACUCAUAGAGUAACAUAAUUAACCCAUGUAUGUAUUGCUGUACAUAAUUUCUAUAUAUUAUGCAAAUGUAUUGUUUAUAGUUAAUGUUGUAUUAGAAUAUUUAUCUUCAUGCUAUUAUGAAGUGGUAACAGUAUAUGUGUUACAGAGCUCUUUUGAGUAGUUGUGUGUUGCAAGAUAUGUAUUUCAAGACAAUUAAGUGCAUACAGACAGCUCAGAAAGAAGAGUAAUGGUGAGAGAGGUGAGAAGGGAUCUCAGGUAGUAGCCCCCGUGGCAUGCUGAUAGGGUCACACAAAGUUUUGUGUAACCUUAUUGAUCUGUUGCUGACAUGGCAUGAGGGGCCUGAAUGUAACCACAGUGUUUGACCAUAUGACCAGGAUCACGCAAAAAUUUUCUUAGUUGGUUAAUGCUUAUAAUAAAACUGUAGAUCUUUUGUUCAAAUAACUUCCAGAAGACAAUGAAAGGACUAGACAAAUUAUAUGUGCUAACAACAUGGUUUACUUUAUAAGGUCCAUAGUUUACUUGAUUCCUUAUAAAUCUAAACUGUCUGAAAUGUUUAAAAAAAGUCUCCAAAACCAAAGAAACAAAAAUUUCAGAAUCGCAUAAUCUAUCAACCAAAUUUGAAUUAAUGUGUAAUUAAAUUCUUUGGUACUUCACAUAGCACAUCUCCUCUGCAGUUACUGCAAUUUCUCCAUACCUGGCACUUUGACAAAAUUUGAAAUGUGAAUCACAUCACAGUAUACCAGAAAUUAUUCAAGAGAGCCAUAGUGUUGUGCAAUAUCCUAUCAGGCACUGAUGUACAAGUUUGAUGUGAUUAUUUGCAAAAGACAUACUGUAUUUUUUUAGUCCAGGCACUGGAAAUAGUUAAACUGAAAAUUAACAAAGACAGGUGUAAAUAUGGAUGAAAAUAAAUAUACACCACAAAUAAUAAGAGCCAAAUAAGAUGUUUCAUAAAAGUUUGAGACAAUGCCAAAUACAGCAAUAUUGUGAUUGCUUCUGCUACUGGUAUUGAUUAAUGGGUGGAUAAAGCAAGCAAUAUAUUAUUAAAAUUAUGGUAGACUUUAUAAAACAUGUAUAAUUAAUGUCACAUUCAGAAAGAAUGCAACUGGUCAAAUUAACUCAAAGGAUUGUGAUACUUUAUUUGUAUUCCAGUUGUACAGCUUGUGUUUAAGAGGAAAAUACAUGCAAUAACCAGCAUUUGAAUCAGAAACAAAAGUGGACAUUACAGCUACCAUAACAAGCAACUUGAUUAUUUAAGUGUGAUAAUUCUUAUACAUUGGAACAAGACAGAUAGGGUAAGACAUCUCUGAUGUUGGUGGUUGUAAAAUGAUUAGAGUCUAGAGAUCCCGAAGUCCUAUAGCAGUGAUUUUUCUUUUUUCAAAGAGAAAUCAUACCUUCAUGGAUCUCCAUUAUUGGAUGUCAUGAAUUACAGAAAUUUAUUUGUAACAUAGAACUGCAUAUACUUCAUAAACCAGCUUGUUGAGAACCACUUGGGCAAUUACAUGACUCGUAAAGUUAUGCAGUACCAGAAAAAAACUGUAUUUAGUUCAUAUAUACCUUAAUGAGUUAGUUCUUGUGUUAUAUUGUAAAUAUAGUUUUAGGAACUGUAAUUUUGUCUUAUUGUUAACUGUAUCUGAAUCAAUCAAAGUGGGUCUGAUUAUGAUUUUAAUGCAGCUGUACUGAAAAAAAUCUGAAAAAACUGUUUUAUGUCUUAAAUAUGUAAUUUUCAGUUUUGUAUAUGUAUAGUUUCUCUAAAGAAAGCUGCAGCAUUCAAUUUUAUGAAAGCUUACUCAAACUGAAGUCUGUGUAAUUACUCAUGAAAUUGAAUAACCUCCUCAUCGUCAGUGGGAAGUCCACACUGUAUGUUGGAUAACUAAUUUAGAGGAGGCAAUGCUACGGUUUUCCUUAGACAUGGGAAAGAACUGCUGCAGAUGAUAAAUUAAACUAAUGACUGAAAUAUAUUCAGAAACUGUGUGCAUGAGUCAGUUUUACAGAACCAAAUAAGAAUGAGAUCUAUUAUUAUUUAAUGUUUCUUCAGUAUUGUUUUAUUAUGAAAUCACAGUCCCAUGUCAGUGAAAGUUAUAACACUGAAUACAAAAACAUGUGAUUGAAAUAUUACAAAAGUAGAAUAUUAGUAAACAUGAUCUCAUAUGCAGGCAAAAGGAGUAGCCUGAUGCUUUAACAAACGUUGAGAAUUUGUCAUGUAUUUUUUACAGAUUAAUGUAUAAUAUUUAGAUUAAGACUUUAUUCCUACACAGUCAUAUUCAUGCAAAUAAAAUAUAAAUGAAAAAAUA